CCUUCAGCAGACUACUACUUGUGAUUUUUCUCUCUUUUUAAUAUAUGCAAUGGCUGGAGAUAUAAUCUAUGCUGAUAUCAAACAUUCAUCUUCAGAACAUUCAUCUUCACGUCAGAGAUCUGAUUCUCACCACCAUGGAAUUUUCCUGAAAGUUGAAUGUGCAAUGAUUAUCAUCCUUCUUGUAAUAGUAAUUGUGCUGAGCAUUUUUGUUAUCCGGUUCAAAUCUGCAAGACAUACUAAAGUAAAUAAUGAAUCAAAAGAGAAAUACUGUACUGGGCAAAAUAAAUCUGAAACAAGCACCUCAAUAGGUUAUUUCAACUCUUCUACUGCUAGUAAAUCAUGCCCCUCUGAAGACUGGAAGCUACAUGGGGGGAAAUGUUACUGGGUUGCUAAAAGUGAGAAAUCUUGGAAUGAAAGUAAAAAUGACUGUGUCAUGAAAAAUUCACAUCUCAUGGUGAUCCAAGACUUCAUUGAUAUGAGUUUCCUAUGGCGGAACCUACAGGCUUCAGCCUCUUAUUGGGUUGGUUUGAGGAUCCCUCCUGGAGAGGAAUUAUGGACCUGGGUGGACAAUAGCACUUUUGACCCCCAGCUGUUUUCAAAGAAAAAAAAAAAGCCACGGACCAGGAGUAUGAAAUGUGUCCUGGUGUCUUAUACCAAGAUAGCUGAAGAAAGUUGUGAGAAACAUCAUCAGUGGAUUUGUCAACUGUAAUCCACUCGGCAGAAAAUUGGUCUCCAUUUGUCUGACUGAGAGACACCACAUGAAGCUUGAGCUCAGAUCAUAAGAAAGUUCAGAGGGUUGCAUGUGUCCUAGAGGGCUGUGUGUGUGUGUGUGUGUGUCCAUUUAUGAUUCAUGUGGGUAUAGUAAUAUUUCUCAGAAGUGUGGAAAGGGCAAUAGAGAAAAUGUUUUAGAAAAUGAGUAGUUAUGAUGAAUAGAUUUUUACAUGUGAAUGAUCAAUGUAGUUAUUCAAUCAUCCGUCUUGUUUUGCCAGUAUUUUUGGAACUUCAGUCUUUAUCUUUUCUGCAUCUUCCCUCUAUGAUAUCCUUAGCUAAUCACCUACAUUCUCAUGAUUUCAACUACCACAUACAAUGCAAUGCCUAUCAAUGUUAUAUCUCUAGUCCAGAUCAUUCCCUGAUCACUAGACCUGUAUACCGUCCUGCCUGUUUAACGUAGCAAAUCUACAAUCUCAAAGGUACUCCGAACUCAACAUAUAAAAAUAAUUCAUUAAAUUUCAUCAUAAAAGGAACCAUCUUCCAGCACUCCAUAUCUCAAUAAAGGACAUGCCAUACAAGACAAUUAUGCCAUCUAUAAACCAGCUGUGGUCUUGUUAUAACCCUCUCUUUCACACACAGCUCUAGGCUGCUAUCCCCUUUCCAUCUCAUAUCACCAAGUUUUACUUAUUUUUUUUUAUUAAAUCUCUCUCAAACUUGUCCUCCUCUCUCCAUCACCCCUUUCACGAUCUUAAUACAAAGGUACUAAAAUAUUAAAUAACUGCAAUAACAACAUCUUCCUGUUUUACUUUUCUUCCAUUUCAAUCAUUCCCUGCCUUGAAUUCUGUGAUGUUUUUAAAAAUAUAUACUGACAAUGCAAUCUUCCCUUUAAAAAAUACCUCAAUAUCUUCCUUAUAAUAAUACCAAAUUCCAUAACAUAGCCUAGAAAUCCCUAUCAGGUUUAACCUUUCCUUACUUAUUCUGUCUCUUCCUACACCAAACACCCAAACUCUCAGGACCACAACUCCAUUAAACUAAUUUCUGGAACUCAUGCUGUAUUUCACCACAUUGCCUUCACAGAAGUUGUUCUCUAGACCUGAAAUUCUCCUUCUUCUCUUCUCCAUCAGGUUACCUCCCAAAUAUUC